CCUUAAUAACCCUAAACUACGGGGAGUGAUUUAGCGAGUUGAACCCGGAUCCUGCAUUCCUGUAUCGUUCAAUCCACCAUUGUCACCUUCAUCUGAUCUCACAAACUACCGCCAGGAGCUCCUCAGUCAUAAACAUUCCAGUACUUUUGAUCGCUAAGACAUCGAAUUCGAACCAACUUUAAGGCCUAUACUAAGGCGAAGUCUGACAUCGAAAUGGAAGGGUUAUCCGCUAUCUGCGCUGGCCUUGGAGCCAUUGAAGAAGAUGAGAAUGACAACCGCAUCGGCUAUGAAGUUGGAGAAUACUGCUCUGAUAAUUUGAAGGAUUUGCUGAGGUUUCUGAGGCGAGAUGACCCACAGACAAGAGAAGUGUUCAAGCAAGUUUGUAAAUGGAAUAUUGUGGGGAAAGAUUUGCUCCCUAUUAUUGAGCAUUGCCAAGAUGAUCGUAAUUUGAUCUUAAAUGCUGUAAAGAUUUUGGUAUUUCUAACAAUGCCUGUUGAGCCCUCAUCAACUGACAUACCACAGCAGAUGGAGUAUCUUUGGGGGAUAAAGCGUUCCAUUACUUUUAGUGAAGCUGUGCCAGUGAUAAUGUCUCUCUUGGAAAGCCCUCUGGAAAAUCUUGAAUGUGAAUCCUUCACUGAGGAUGACUGGAAACUUGUUCAGCUGGUGAUUACAUUGUUUCGCAACAUUUUAGCAAUUCAAGAUAUAUCACCAAAUCAAAAAGCUGGGGGGUCUACCUCACAAUUCAUGUUCCUAAGAGACAAGUUUCUGGAACUUCUGUUUCAAGAAAAUGUAAUGGAUGUGAUCUUAGUUUUGUCACAGCAUGUUGGUGGUUCUUGCAGACAUCUUCGACACGAUAACCUGCUCUUGCUGGAGACUUUUUAUUAUAUAUUUAUGGGCCAAGAACCAGAGUUUAUUGCUAAAGCUUAUAUGAAGUGUUCGAAGGUGGAUGAAGAUGCUGAAACAUCAUUGAACAGCCUUAAAGAAAUAAUGGAAGAGGAACGUGAGAAAAGAAAGAUUAUACGACAACGAAAUUUGGGUUGCUAUUCUCAGUUCAGUGGAACAUUCACACGGUUUUCCCUGGAUGGCUCAAAAACAGUAUUGAAAGGGAACCCUUCAGUUUCUCAUGAUGCUCUGCUUAAGGUUCAUAAAAAUCACCGAGGUCCAAUCAAAAGAACAGUGUGGGACCAUGGUAGACUACCAUCAACCAAGAAUAAGAUUUUGGAGUUACUCUAUGGUUUCAUGAACCAGUUCUUAGAAGGGGGAUACAAUGUUUUGAUUGAGUCAGUGCGGGAAGACAUUGAUAAAGAGCAUCACUCGGUUCAGAACAGUGAUGUCCUUAUAUUCAUUCAAGUUGCCCAAUUUGUUGUUUCUUUUCAGUACCACAAGUUCUUGAAUAAGCCUAUUAUUGGAGUUCAUACUGAAUCAUCAGUAGAUUGCCAUACUGAUAGCACAUUGGUUAGAGGCUCUAUAUGUGGCCCAAUUGCUGAAUCACUGAAUGAGUCAAUGUUCCAGCUGGUUACUCAGAAAUGGCGUUAUGCAUUUGAUACAUUGAAGGAGACAAAUGACCGUAAAUUCCUUUCUGCAGCGGGGUCUUUUAUGAGAAUUAUGCUUCUUAUGUUGGAUUUGGUCCUUGAGCAGUCUCCAGAAAAUUCUAAGGAAAACAAAACCACUCGUAUCCUUCUCUACAAGUUAUUCUAUGACCAAACUGAUGAAGGAAUGACUUUGUUUAUCUUGAACCAGAUCAAAUCAUUUGAUACCCAUAAGCAAGCGAAAAGUUACCUUACUGAUUUGUUGGAAACUAUGAGUAUUCUUCUGCAGCUCAUGGAGAAGCUUCAAGCAUGUGGUGUGUUAAGGGUUUCAAAGAAGCAGAGGAAGAAACAUAGGAAAAAACCAAUGAUGGAUGGCAAGAAAGACAAUGAUGAUAAAGCAUUUCAAGAUACAACUACAAUUCAAAAUGAUCAAGAAGGAUCUGGUUGUGAAAGGACAAUACAUCUUGAUCCUUCCAUUCAAGAAGGCAAUUCCAUUCCAACUCAGCUUGAUGAAUCUAUGGUAUUGGGUGAGAAGAAAACAAAGAUGGAUGACUAUGAUGAAACGGUUGGAAAUUCUAAUACCAUUAGGAAUGAUGUUGAUGGUUUCAGUAAUGAGGAACCAAUGAAUAUUGAUGCUGUGCAUGUCAAUGAUGAACCUUCAGCAAGGCUAAGUAGCCCUGGAAGCCAUGUGCCAGAGAUGGAACAAAAAAUAACUGAUGAGACUUGCCAUGAUUUUAAUAAUGGUAUGAAUGAUUAUUCUGGUGAGGAGGAUGUGACGACAAACGAAGUGGAUUUGAAUGUAUCUGCUUUGGUUUCUGCUUUUGCAAACAAUGAUAUUGUGAAGAAUCUCUGUUGGUUGUUGAAGUUCUAUAAGAGCAAUUCUGUUAUUACAAAUAAUUAUAUAAUACGUAUGCUGCAGAGAAUUUGUGAUGAUCUGGAACUUUCUCCUAUGCUGUAUCAGUUAUCUCUCCUCACAAUAUUCUAUAAUAUUUUAGAGGAGCAGAAAUUAAGGCCUUGCAAAGAGUAUGAGAAUGUUGUCUUCUUCCUUACAACUUUGGUCAGAAGAAUGUUGCGGAAAAUGAAGAGUUAUCCCCUUCUUUUUAUAGAGGUUCUCUUUUGGAAAACACGCAAAGAAUGCUGUUAUAUCAACUGUGAAUCUAUGCUUAAUGAGCUCUCUGGUCUGAAGAAAAGUACCGAAAAUUGGAGUUCUGCAUCUGACAGGCAAGGAUGGGUUCACAGAAGUAUAGCUGAUGCUCUUGGUGAUGAUGAAGCUGACUUUGUAUUAUCAAAUAGGGAUUCCACCGGAGACAAGGCAUGGGGUGUUGAAUGUAGCAAUGAAAAUCUUGGUCAAGAGGAACAUAACUCCCAAUCCAUCUCAGAUGUUGAACUCUGUGCAACUGAAAACUUUGACAAAGAGGAACAAUUUGUUGAAAAAGAGACUGAGAGGGAACCAAAAAGAAGAAAACUAUCAGUUCUUGGCUAUGAGCUGAAAGCAAAAGUCAAGGAACUUUAUGAGAAAUAUAAAGAAGAUCAACAUUGUGAUCGUCUCAUUGCUGAAGCCCUUGAUCCAGAUGGGAAAGUUUCACCACUUCAGGUUUCCAAAGCACUUAAACAUCUUGGACUUAAGAUGCCACGGAGGAGGAGAACAGCAAACACUAGUGCUGAUGCAGCAAGAGUGUCUGAUGCGAUUGCACAUCCAAAUUUGAGUGUCAUGGAGAAGGAAUCUUCAGUAAGAAGGCCUACGCACACUAGAAAGAGGGUGCGUGCAUUUAGUGAGGAGCAGGAGCAGAAAAUCAAAGAUUUGUUUGAGCAGUUUAAAGGUCAGAAGAGGUGUAACCAGAUGAUAGCUGAUGCCUUGGAUCCCGAUGGAACCUUCACUGCUGCAAAGGUUUCACGCAAACUCAAACAACUUGGCCUAUAUCUUCCCAAAAAGAAGAAGUCUGCCUCCAACUUGCAACUGAGGAAUGAAGCUUUAAGUGACAGUUCCGAUGAUGAAACGUUACUGUCAAUGAGGAUAAGGAGUAAAAAGCAGGUGAAGGGAAGUGGUGAUGAAGAAAGACAAGAGCAAAGCACGAGGAUAUCAUCCCAAGAUGAAGAAUCUGAUGAUGAACUUCUAAGUAACGUUUUAGUGAAAACCAUGAAGAAAAACAAAGAGAAGCUGAUGAUCAAUUCAACCGAAGAAGACUUUACAGAGAAGCAUACUGACAUGUCAAGCAGUAGGGGAGAAGAUGAAGAAACCGCGGAGAUGGAGUCCCCAAACCGAUCAGGUGAUGUGGAGUUGAGCAGUGAGAAAGAGUGGCAGCGUUUGGAAGUGGAGGAGAAGUUGGAUGAAUUGGCUGAUUAUGAGAAGGAUGAGGAUGCUCCACUCCCAUCAUCUAACAAGAAUACUGGAUCAAGACGACAGUUGAGGAUGGUGAUUGAUAUGGAUGAGGAAGAUUAAUUAUUAUAAGGAAGUUUAUCGUGUUCAAAUCUUCAUGUUCCUGAAAAUUGUAAUUAAAGUGAACUUUUCCAAAUGCACA